AUGACAUUCUAUGUGGUUGAAAAACUAUUCCUCGACCAUUACUGCUAUUCUCUUCUUCUUCUUCCAUCUCCAACUGCAUUAUCAUUUCCUCUAAACUCGGCCGGUGGCUUUCUCUCGAGGAGGAGUAGUGUUUUUGCCUCGCCACGUCAGCACACGCUUGGACUUUUUCCUGCUUCAGAAUCGAGGAGACAUUCAAGCAAGAAUCAUGAUGUUGGGAAGAAAAUGAAAUUGAUGAGACAUGGGUUUAAAAGCAUCCACAUGGACAGAGAGGAGAGGAUGUUUCACAAGAUUUCCAUUCCCAUUCAAAAAGCUUGUUAA